GAUGGCGCUCUGCCCAGUUCGUGUGUCAGAUCAGUGUCCUCAGUUCUCAGUGUGUUUGUGUUUUGUUUGAUAUGGGUUGAAUAUGUGAAUGUUUUUGUUUUAAAAUAUUAUAAUUGUGAAGUUUGAAUAUUGUGUUGUAAGUUGUUAACUCGUAUAAGGUUCCCAAACAUGGCUAGUGACAAAAUCAAAGUUGCCGUCCGUGUCCGACCCUUCAAUAGGAGAGAGCUGGAGUUGGGGGCCCAGUGUGUGGUAGAUAUGGAGGGUCAACAAACCAUCCUGCAGUACCCUCUUGGUCUCCAGGAUAAGAUGAAAAGGAUCGACUUUAAAAUGCAUCAUAUGUCGGAGCCCAAGACGUUUGCGUUUGACCACUGCUUCAACUCAGCAGAGCCUGGAGUACCACAGUUCGCCAGCCAGGAGACAGUGUUUGACUGUCUGGGUCGGGACAUCCUGGACAAUGCCUUCCAGGGUUACAAUGCCUGUAUAUUCGCCUACGGCCAGACAGGGUCAGGAAAGUCAUUCACCAUGAUGGGCAGUCAAGAGCAGAAGGGUAUCAUCCCCAGGUUGUGUGAUUCCUUGUUUGACAUCAUUGCCAGACAGCAGAGUCAAGAACUCACAUAUAAAGUGGAGGUCAGCUACAUGGAAAUAUACAACGAAAAGGUGCAUGACUUGUUAGAUCCCAACGCCAACAAGCAGAGUCUAAAAGUGAGAGAACACAAAGUGCUGGGACCUUACGUGGACGGACUCUCACAGCUGGCUGUCACCUCCUUCCAGGACAUAGACAAUUUGAUGACUGAAGGCAACAAGUCACGGACGGUGGCUGCCACCAACAUGAACAGUGAGUCAUCGCGGUCACACGCUGUGUUCAGCGUGGUGUUGACCCAGACACUGCUGGACCCAGCCAGUGGGGUGGAGGGGGAGAAGGUCAGCCGCAUCUCACUGGUGGACCUGGCUGGGAGUGAGAGAGCAGUGAAGACAGGGGCGAUCGGUGACCGACUCAAAGAGGGCUCCAACAUCAACAAAUCACUGACUACACUGGGACUUGUAAUAUCUAAGCUGGCAGACCAAAGCACCACUACAAACAAGAACAGAGACAAGUUUGUUCCUUACAGGGAUUCUGUUCUCACAUGGCUGUUAAAAGACAACUUGGGAGGCAAUAGCAAGACUGUAAUGGUGGCAACAUUGUCUCCAGCAGCAGACAACUACGAGGAGACAUUGUCUACUUUGAGGUAUGCAGAUAGAGCAAAGCGAAUAGUGAACCACGCAGUAGUCAACGAGGACCCCAAUGCACGUAAGAUCAGAGAACUCAAACAGGAAGUGGAAGCACUCAAGGAGAUGUUGAAAAUGGCCACUGGUGGAGCAACACCUGCAUCACAACAAAUCUCUUUCUUUACGGAUCUUCGAGAAAAAUUAUCUGAAAGUGAAAAGCUAGUAAAAGAAAUGUCAACAACGUGGGAAGAGAAACUAAUAAAAACUGAGAGGCUACAACAUGAAAGACAAGAAGCCCUAGAGAACAUGGGCAUCAGUGUGCAAGCCUCAGGGAUAAAGGUAGAGAAGAACAAAUACUACCUUGUCAACCUGAAUGCUGACCCCUCACUAAACGAACUGCUGGUCUACUACCUGAAGGAUAGGACACUAGUUGGGGCUAAGGGGUCGUCAUCUCCACUAGACAUUGUUUUGAAUGGUCAAGGUAUUCAGCCUGAGCACUGUGUUAUAAGCAUUGAGGACGGUGGAUUAUUCUUGGAGCCGCUCAACAAUGCUCGCAACUUUGUCAACGGAACACCUGUUCUGGAGAAAACACCACUGCAUCACGGAGACAGAAUAGUCUGGGGAAACCAUCACUUCUUUAGAGUCAACUGUCCAAAGUCUUCUGUAACAACAGCCAGCGAACCUCAAACUCCAGCUCAGACGAUAGACUACAACUUUGCCAGGGAAGAGUUGAUGCUGAAUGAACUCAGUAAUGAUCCGAUACAGACAGCCAUUGCCAAGCUGGAGCGACAACAUGAGGAGGACAAGCAAGUGGCCCUGGAGAAGCAGAGGCUAGAGUAUGAGAGACAGUUUCAACACUUGCGUAACAUACUCUCCCCCUCCACUCCCUACUCCCCCUACGUGCCCUUUGACCCGUUCCGCCUUGGGAAGAUGACACCCUGCACUCCCACUACACAGAUGAAGGUGGAGAAAUGGGCCAGGGAAAGAGAUGAGAUGUUCAAGAGAAGCUUGAAGGAGUUGAAGAAGGACAUAGUGAGAGCGAACGUGCUUGUGAAGGAAGCCAACUUCCUUGCAGAGGAGCUUGGGAAACAAACCAAGUACAGUGUCACACUGCAGAUACCUCCAUCAAACCUGAGUCCUAACAGGAGGAGAGGAGCGUUUGUCAGUGAGCCGGCUAUCCUUGUGAAGCGUACAAGUCAUGGUAACCAGGUGUGGUCCAUGGAGAAACUGGAGAACAAACUGAUAGACAUGAGGGAGAUGUACGAUGACUACAAGGAGAAUGGAAUAGACAUGACCCCGGUGGAUAACCCAGCUAAAGUUAUUGAUCCGUUCUUUGAAACACAAGAGAAUCACAAUUUGAUUGGUGUGGCUAACGUGUUCUUAGAAUGUUUGUUUCAUGACGUGUCGCUCGACUAUCACACACCAAUCAUCAGCCAACAGGGAGAAGUCGCUGGGAGACUACAGGUAGAGUUGAUGAGGAUAGCUGGUCAGUUCCCCCAAGAUCACAUCUGUGAGUCAGUGUCAGAGACCUCCACAGACAGUGGGAACAUUGAGGAUGAACCUGCCACAGAUAACCAAGUCACUGUUAGGGUGAAGAUCAAACAGGCAACAGGACUGCCUCUGUCUCUCUCCCACUUUGUGUUCUGUCAGUACACAUUCUGGAGUCACGGAGAGUCUAUUGUGGUUCCUCCGGUGGUCAACCCGGAGCAGAGCAUUGACAAGGACUCCCUGUCCUUCCAGUUUGAGCACACCCGCGACUUCACUGUCCCCAUCAACGAGGAGUUCCUGGAACAUUGCACAGAGGGUGCAUUAUCGGUGGAGGUGUGGGGACAUCGCAGUGCUGGCUUUACAAGAACAAAGCCAGAGUGGGAGGUGGAGCAACAACAACUAGCAAAGGCUCGCUCACUCACUGACAGGUGGAGUGAGCUGACAAGGAAGAUAGAGUUGUGGGUGGAGAUACAGGAGUUGACAGAGCUGGGGGAGUAUGCUGCUGUGGAGGUGAUACAGAGGAACGAUGUCUUGACUGGAGGAGUGUACCAGCUUAGACAGGGACAGCAGCGAAGGAUACAGGUGAGGGUGAAGCCAGUUCAACAGUCAGGCACUUUGCCCAUCAUCUGUCACAGUAUUGUCAGCAUUGCUGUAGGAAGUGUCAUUAAGAGGUCAAGGCUACAGAAGGCUCUAGACUCCUACCAGGAGGAAGAUCUGGCAGUGUUGAGAGAGAAGUGGAGUGAUGCUCUGAUGAGGCGGAGACAGUACCUGGACCAACAGAUCAACCGGAUCAUCAACAAACAAGACAAGACAGAGACAGAUCAGGAGAGAGAGCAGAGUCUGGUAGAUCAAUGGGUAAGCCUGACUGAGGAGAGAAACGCAGUGUUGGUGCCUGCCCCAGGCUCGGGGAUACCAGGGGCCCCUGCGGACUGGGCCCCACCACCUGGAAUGGAACCUCACAUACCUGUGCUGUUUCUCGACCUCAACACUGACGAGUUGUCCAGCCAGACAGGUCAGUGGUCAGACAUGGAUCAGCUGCCUGUGGCCGGCCUCAACUCUAUAUUGUCCAAGGAGCAUGGUAACAAGUUCUACAACCUGCCUAUCAUCAAACACAUGGAAACUGACGUGGGAGCCAUGGCUGCCUGGGACAGUUCCGUCCACGACAGCGACUACCUCAACAGAGUCACUGAAAGCAAUGAGAGAGUGUACCUGAUACUCAAGACGACAGUGCGUCUGUCACACCCAGCACCGAUGGACCUUGUACUAAGGAAGCGGCUCAGUCUCAACAUCUAUAAGCGCCAGAGCAUCACCGAUCGUAUCCGCAAACGGAUCGUCCGUUCAGACUGUCUCACUCACAGCGGCGUCACCUACGAGGUCGUCUCCAACAUACCUAAAGCCAGUGAAGAACUUGAAGACAGGGAGUCUCUAGCUCAAAUAGCAGCUUCUGGAGAGGACACUUCACUGUGUGAUGGUGAAACUUAUAUUGAGAAGUACACGAGGGGUGUGAGUGCAGUAGAGGGUAUCCUGACACUGGACAGGUUACGGCAGUCUGUAGCUGUCAAGGAGCUGCUGCAGAGUAGAGGACAACCUGUCACCUCUGCUACACUCUCCUCCAUGAGGAAGACUGCCAGUGUGCCUAACUUCUCACAGCUGAUGAGGUUUGACAGCAGCCUGGAGUCACUGAACAUGGCAGGUAUUGGAGGUGUGACCAGGUCGGAGAGUGUGACGGACCUGAACGGAGAGACAAGGGUUCGCAAGAGUCUCCCUCUCACCCCACACCAACUGCCGGACACACCACCUAAGCAGUUCGGCAUCGGCUCCAUUUUGUCAGCUCGUCCAACAUUCCUCAAUCUGAACCUCAACUUGAACUCUCUGAGGCUACAGCCCGGCUCCAAACCGUCUCCCAACACCAAGCUGGGUCUGCGGAUGACCACUUUACAUGAGGAGCAGACUCAUAGUAGUCUGAUACAAGAGGAGGAGGGUGGCAGUGAGGAUGAGGCCCCUUCUCAACCUCCCUCCACACUACCACCACCUCUCAAGUUUGGUGAAAUAGACUCGGGUGAACAGACCAGGCUGCCAGAGAAGCCUCUGAUGUCUAGUUCCCGCACUCUUGACUCCAUCGUAGACUACAAGACUGGCACACCAAGCACUACGUCCAGCGGAUACGGAUCAGAAGCAGUGUCAUCUUCUAACCUGACAAACGACGAUGUCGCUUCUCUGCGCAGUAUGAGCGUGGAGACACCAGACUUGGAGCCUAGAGUCCCCGCAACACCUGCAGCUGCCUCAACUGGCCCCACCAAUGGAGACACUCACUCAGCAGACGACGACUCUGCUGGCGAGGCUAACACCCCCGCACUGCCUCCUGGCAAGGUGGUACGACGCAGGAAGAGUUCCAGCCGGGCACAAAACGCAGCAGUUCGCGCCUCUUUCCCUCUAGCAAGGACCCCGGUGUCUGACAGUAAAGCAGCUCUGAAACUGCAGCAGUCAGUUAAUGGAGAGUUGUCCUCAGAUACACAUACAGAAGAUGAAAGUGAGCUUAAGAUUACAACCAGGGAAGAGCCAAUACCUGAGUGGGUUACUACAGGAGAAAGUGUGUUGAUUAGACCCUCUAACACAUCUGGAGUAAUAGCUUUUGUUGGCCCAACACAAUUUGCCCCUGGAACAUGGAUUGGAGUAGACCUGGAUGCUCCCAUGGGCAAGCAUGAUGGAACUGUCCAGGGUGUGAGGUAUUUUGAGGCUCGGCCAAAACACGGAAUAUUUGUAAAGGCUAAUAAACUCAUUCAAGACCGGCGCGGUAGAGCUCUUCGCAACAUGACAGCGCCAGAUGCUGGUGUUAUGCGGCGCAGUCUCAGCAGAGGAGAGGGAUUGUCUACACUACACAAGUCCCACAGUCGAGGAGAGGGUCUGAGUAGUGUUGGCAGACUUGCUCUACGCAGCAACAAGUAACAUCCGAUGAGCCGCAAGCAACUGAG